AUGUUUUUUUUAAAGAAAUUAUUGGACAGAUUUGAUUAUGAUGAUGAACCAGAUGCAGCAGAAGAUUCUAAAAAAGAAGCAUCUAGUCCUGUGCACACACCCCCACAGCCAACUUUCACAUACCCAGGAGAGGCCCUUCAAGCUACAUCAUAUGUUCCUAUCCCAGGGCCAGUGCCAACCAUGGAUGAGUUUCAGCCAAUGAUGAUGGCAAUGCAGCAGGAAUCAAUGCAGCAGGAGGCUCCACUACCACCGAAUGGUCAGAUGCUAGGAUAUGGCAUGGUACCUGCUCAGUCCUUUAUGCCUAUGGUUCCACCAAUGAUUUCUCAAGAUUCCUCCCAGCCUUUUCAAAACCCCUUCCAAAUGCAACAGAAUGAGAUGCACCUACAGCAAGAACUUCAACAGGAAAUACAAAUGGAAGUUGAGCAGCCAAGUAAUGUUCAAGAAAACAAGCGACCAAUAUCUGAACAGCAGAAUGCCAAAUCAAGGUCUGCUUCCAGAUCACCUAAAAGGCGACGCUCACGGUCUGGUUCACGAUCUCGGAGAUCGCGUCAUAGACGGUCUCGUUCUCGCUCCCGUGAUAGGAGACGGUCCUCUCCAAAAUCACGGUCACAGGAAAGGCGUGAGCGAGAGAAGGAACGAGAGCGUAGACAGAAGGGGCUUCCUCCUAUUAAGCCUGAAACAGUUAGUGUUUGCAGUACUACACUUUGGGUUGGCCAGUUGGACAAAAGAACAACCCAGCAAGAUGUUUCUAACCUUCUAGAAGAGUUUGGGGCUAUUGAAGCAAUUAACAUGAUUCCCCCUCGUGGCUGUGCAUAUAUUAAUAUGGUCCAAAGGCAAGAUGCAUAUCGUGCUUUACAGAAACUAAGUAGAGGAACCUUCAAAGUAAAUCAGAAAGCUAUAAAGAUUGCAUGGGCUUUGAACAAAGGAAUUAAAUUGGAGUAUAAGCAGUAUUGGGAUGUAGAAAUAGGGGUUACAUAUAUACCAUGGAAUAAAGUAAAGCCAGAAGAACUUGAAAGCUUUUGUGAAGGUGCACUGUUGGAUAACGAUACACUAUGUCCAGAAUGGAAGGACUUUCCUAAAAAGACAGACCGCAAAAAUACAUCUCAAAAUGGUGCAGCUGAGGCCACACGUACUGAGGAAAUAACACCUGUAACACAAGCAUUACCAGUGAUGUCUGUCCCCAUUCAUGGCCCAAUGCCUGCAAUGCCUGUGCCACCUCAUCAGCCAAUGCCAUCUCUUCCUCAUCCGGGAAUGUCUGUUAGCCAAGUACCUUCUCAUCAGGGGCUUCCUCUACAUCAGGCUAUGCCAGCUCCAGGCUUACAUCUGCCUCAGGGUGUUGUUGUUCCUCAGGGGAUACCUCUCCCACAAGGAAUGCUGCCUCUACAAGGCAUGCUGCCACCUCAAGGAUUGCCACCAGGUCUUCAGCCACCAGCAUUUCCUGGUCCCAUAAACAUUCCCCCACCUGGAUUUGCUCCUGGAAUUCCCCCUCCGCCAUUUAUGAGACAUGGCUUUAACCCAAUGCAGAUGCCCCCUGGCUUCCUACCUCCUAUGGGAAUUCCCCCACCUAUGACUCCACUAUCUAUACCACCUCCUACAACUGGAAUGAACAUUCCAACUUCUACUGCAGGUGAUGUGCCUAAUGACUCUUCUAAGGAGCAGUCACAGGGAAACCCAAACCAGGGGCCGGGAUCUGGAAGAGAAAAUAUGGAAACGGAUGAUGAUGAUAAUGAUGAAGAUGAUGGCAAUGAAUUUGGGUCUGCUCCACAAGAAAGGCAAAAUAGUACCCCUGGACCAGUGAACCCACACCAUGGUGCUCCUCAUGGAGGUCCCUCUCAUGGUCCACCUUCAAGUUCUUCUCAUGGCCCACCCACUGGUCCACAACAUGGCCCACCCUCUGGUCCACAACAUGGCCCACCCUCUGGUCCACAACAUGGCCCACCCCCUGGUCCACAACAUGGCCCACCCCCUGGUCCACAACAUGGCCCACCCCCUGGUCCACAACAUGGCCCACCCUCUGGUCCACAACAUGGGCCACCUCACGGUCCUAUGCACGGCCCACCUUCAGGUCCACCCCAUGGACCAUCUCAUGGACCACCCCAUGGACCAUCUCAUGGACCACCCCAUGGGCCACCACAUAGACCACCUCAUGGACCUGGAAUGGGUCAAGCUCCAUCCACUGGUCUUCUUGGAGCAAGACCUGGUUUAAUACCACUUCAACGACCACCAGGAACUCCUACACACAUGCAGCGUUUUCCAAGGCCUCGUAUGAUGCACAGAGGCCCCCCUCCUGGUCAAGGUGGUUUUGGAAUGAGGGGGCCUUUUCCACCUCAAGGUCACUUUCCUAGAUCCAGAGGGCAGGGGGGACAUGGGGGCUCAGAAGAAAGAGAAGAAAGGCCAUUUCGAAAUGAAAGGCAAGGAUUUAAUCCUAAUAGAGAACAAGAAAGGUUUGGCAGAAGGCCUUAUGGACAUCGAGAUGAAGAAGAAAGGGAGUAUUUUGGUAACCGCCAUGAUGAGCGGGACUACGAGAGACAUUCCAGUCGUGGUAGAAGAAGCUGGAGUCGUGGAAGCCCUGAGUAUGACCAUCACAGAGACUCAGAGGAGAGAAAUCGUUGGUCAGUUGGAAGAGAGAGAGAGAGGUUGCCCAGCAGAGAAAUAGAGAGACAAGAAAACAAAUCUCCUGAUAUGGCUGAGUAUGAGGAAAAACACCAUGAUUCUUUUGGUAUAGAAAAUGUAGACCCUGUUCCUGAAUUGCAAAAUGAAGAACCUAAACCUCCAGGAGAAGAAUCUGUUGAAGAUACUCCAACAAAAAAUGCUGCACCAGUAGAACAAUCAGAAAAUGAUUCUGUGCCUACUGAAGAAGCUUCAAGCUAAGACUUAUUACAUUAAAAGUAACAUUGUUACUUUUUGUAGAGCUUCAAAUUUGUACAGUAUGCUGUAAAGUAUUUGCUUCUGCUUCAUUGACAUCCUUAAUAGUUUCUGGUGAGUUGUAACUGGCCUUUUAUUUAAAAUGACUACAAGCUUUCUUCAAGAUUACAAAGAUAACAAAUAAAUCAGCCUUGAUUCUCUUUUUCCUUGAGACACUUUAAAUAUUCAUUUUAAAAGUUUACAGGUCUUUUUUUUUUUUUUUAAACAGAAGGAAGAAAAAAAAACCUUUAAGCUCUUCAAAAUAGUAGGGAUGUGUUUUUAAUAAACUUUAUUUUCAUAACAAA